UUUCAUUUCUGGUUGCGCGCUUCUUCCUUUCUCUAAUUCUCUCUCAGAAACAAAACCCACAGACAGAUCAAGAAGAUUUCGGACCGUUUGUAAUCGGACCGUUGGCAAUCCGCAGGUUGUUACAACUCCAUCACCAAGUCGUCGGUCUCCUGCGCUCUCUAUAUAUUCGAACUUGACCGUUGCCUCAUCUUGAAAACCCCAUUUCUCCUUUUCAGACAGAGUGUCCGGCCGGAGUUCAAGAUCGAAAAUCUCGUUUUGAAGACAGAGUGGACGGCCGGAGUUCAAGAUCGAAAAUCUGGUUUUGAAAGUGAUCGUCAACGUCGACGCACGUCUUGUUCCUGCCGGUCGGUGUUAUGGCAGCACUUGCAACCUUUCCCCGCAGUGCCACAAAUCUUGCAAAUAGAGCAUGUAAAACCCAGGGCAUGGAAUAUGUAGCCAUUGCAAGUUUGUUACAGUCGGUGAUUGUGACAAAAGGAGGUACUUUGAUCAGGCUUUUGCAUGGGUUUAGUCCAAUACUGGCCUGGUUUGUACACUUAAGAGUUAAGAUAUUGGCCUGGUUUGUUUUUCGGCAGAUUAAUACCCACCCGCUGCAAAAUGUUGUUACCCACACGAGAUUGGACUCUCUCGUCAGUCCUGUAUUAUGCAGAUUGGGGACAGCAGAUGAAAGCCACUCCUUUGAGGAGGAUAGUUUCGGGGUGGAUGUUUUAUCCAUCCAGUCGGAUAAAUCUUUUCAGUCAAAGUUGUCUCAAGUCUCCUUGUACGGCAAUGGUGACAUAGAAGCAUUGCCAAAAAUCAGGUAUGUAUUCACCGUUUAUUAACAAUUGAUUCCUAAUGACAAUCAUCUUGUGCUUGUCUAGUAUCGUCCCGGCCCAAUCUUGACUUUUAACAAUUACUGUUAUCAUCGUUUGCACACGAUCUUCAGAACAAUUCUGCACAAAAAUAACAAAAUCCCUCCAAGUGACUUCUUAUGUCACUUGAAAAAAAACACAAAAAGAUUAGGAUAAUAAAAUUAUGUUGAGAACCCCAACUGUGAAGAAAUAUUCUAAUUUGAGCAAAGGAUUUCAGCUCAUUCAAUACUAUAAUAAUUAAUUAGAGAAGAAAUCAUUUAGUACUACAAACAGAAGUUGGCUAACUAAGUGUACUGAAAGACUAAAAAGAAAGACUAAAAGUUUAGUUGUUGCCUCCACCCUACAGACUCGACUUGCUUCAUAGCUUUCUCUCCUGAAAUUCUUCUUGAUGGUUCAGUCAUACUGCAGUAUCUCCGCCAGAAGGUCAAGGCCACCUUAAUUAACAGUUUCGGGGUGGAGGUUUUUUCCACCAUAUCCGAUGCUCUGUUUUCUAUGUAAUAAACCGGUCCUGUUAUUUAGUAUCAGGAUGACGCUUUCAUUUAUGCGGCUACUGUUUUCUUGAUUACUUGCCUCUGGCCUCUAGAUCUCAUCUCAAGUCUCCUUGUACAAUGGUGACAUAGCAGCAUUGCAAGAAAUCAGGUAACUACACUAAUAUUGUUGAAGGAUUACUUCUUAAUCCCAGCCACUUCAAUGAGCAUCUUCAGAACAAUUCUGCACAAAAACAACAAAAUUCCCUCCAAGUGAUUGAAAUCUUUCAUGAAAAGACACACAAAAAAAUUAGAUUAAAUUAUGUUGAGAACCCCUACAUUGCAAACAGAGUCACCCUAUUUACAAAUUGAUAUAUAGCGGACAUGUGUACCACUAAAAAGUAAAAAAAAACUUCCGUAUAUAAUCUUUUAAUAAAUCAACCUAUGUCCUUAACAAUUAAAAGAUCAAUUUAAUCAUUUAACUCAUUAUAAAACAUGUGUCUAAAAACAUUUAGGGUUAAGGGCUUAGGAUAAAUAGGGUUUAGGAUUAAGGCUUAGGGUUUAGGGUUAAGGAUUUAGGGCUUAGUGUUUAGAAUCUAAGGUUUUAGAGUUAGGAAUUUAAGUUCAGGGUUGUUUACGAAUUAGGGUUUAGGUUUUACCAUUUAGGGAUUUUGGUUUAGGAUGGUUUUAGGGUUCAGGUUUUAGGAAUUAGGGUUUAGGGUAAUUUGAAUUUAGCGUUUAGGAAUUAGGGUUUAGCAUUUAGGUUUUAUGAAUUAGGGUUUAGGUUAGGAAUUAGGAAUUAGGGGUUAGAAAUUAGGUAAAUAGGUUUUAGGGUUUAGGAAUUAGAAUUUAGGGUUUAGGGUUAGGAAUUAUUAGGGUUUAGAGUUAAGGAAUUAGGAUUUAGGGUUUAGAGUUAAGGAAUUAGGAUUUAGGGUUUAGAAAUUAGGAAUUAGAUUUUAGGGUUUAGAAAUUAGGAAUUAGAUUUUAGGAAUUGAGUGUAGAAAUUAGGAUAGGCGGGAUUUAGAAAUUUAUUAGGGAUUUAUAGUUAAGGAAUAGAUUUUAUAGGGUGAAAGGAAGAUUACGAAUUAGGGAAAUUAACGGUGGGUCAGGGAAAAUAAACGGUGGGUCAAGGGAAUAAACGGUGGGUCAGGGAAAUUAACGUCAGGGAAAAUAACUGUGGGUCAGAGGAAUAAACGGUGUGGGUCAGGGGAAAUAACGGUGGGUCAGGGAAAUAAACGGUGGGUCAGGGAAAUAAACCGUGGGUCAGGGAAGUAAACAGUGGGUCAGGGAAAUAAACGGUGGGUCAGGGAAAUAAACGGCGGGUCAGAGAAAAUAACGGUGGGUCAGGGAAAUAAACGGUGGGUCGGGGAAAAUAACGGUGGGUCAGUGGGAAAAUAAACGGUGGGUCAGGGAAAAUAAACGGUGGGUCAGGGAAAUUAACGGUGGGUCAGGGAGGGAAAAUAACGGUGGGUCGGGGAAAAUAACGGUGGGUCAGCAGGGAAAUUAACGUUGGUCAGGGAAAUAAACCGUUGGUCGGGGAAAUUAACGGUGGGUCAGGGAAAUAAACGGUGGGUCAAGGAAAUCAGGGAAAUAAACGGUGGGUCAGGGAAAUAAACCGUGGGUCAGGGAAAUAAACGGUGGGUCAGGGAAAUAAACCGUGGGUCAGGGAAAUAAACCGUGUGGGUCAGGGAAAAUAAACGGUGUGGGUCAGGGAAAAUAACGGUGGGUCAGGGAAAAUAACGGUGGGUCAGGGAAAUAAACGGUGGGUCGGGGAAAAUAACGAUGGGUCAGGGAAAUUAACGGUGGGUCAGGGAGGGAAAAUAACGGUGGGUCAGGGAAAUUAACGUUGGUCAGGGAAAUAAACCGUGGGUCAGGGAAAUAAACCGUGUGGGUCAGGGAAAAUAAACGGUGGGUCAGGGAAAUAAAUGGUGGGUCACGGAAAUAAACCGUGGGUCAGGGAAAUCUAUUUCUAAACCUAAAUCCCUAAUUCCUAAACCCUGAAAUCUAUUCCUAAACCUUAAAAUCUAUUACUAAAAUCUAAACCUAUUCCUAAUUUCUAACCCCCCCCCCCCUCCGAUUCCGAAACGCUAAGCACUAGACUUUCCUAAACUUUAUAUCCAAAUUCCUAAACCCUAAUUCGUAAAACCCUAAACUCUAAACCCUAAUCCCUAAAACUUAAUUCCUAAUUUCUACAUCCUAAUUCCUAUUUCCCCUAACACUAACUAAACCCUACCUAAUCCCCUAAUUCGUAACCUGAGCCCUAAUUCUUAUAACUCUAAACCCAAAUUCCUAAAUCCUGAGCCCUAAUUCCUAUAACUCUAACUCCUGAUUCCUAAACCCUAACUCCUGACCCUAAACACUAAUUCCUAAACCCUAAAAUAUAUUCCUAAAUUCUAAACCCUAAUUCCUCAACCCUAAUCCCUAAAACUUAAUUCCUAAUCUAAUUCCUAAACCUUUAAUCCUUAUUUAAGAUACAUAUGUUAAUUUUUAGACUUGUAUUAUUUUAUAAGUUUACCUCUUUAGCAGUAUGUAAUAUUUUUUUAUUAUUUAUUCGGUUAUCUGUUUUGCUAUAUAUCAAUUUGUAAAUAGUGUGACGGGGUGUUUGCAAAGUUUUUAACGCAUGAUAUGGAAACACUCACUCGUAUGACAAAAUUAUCUCCAUUUGUUCUACCUCUAUCAUUUUUAUGAAUUUGAUAGGUUAUUAUUGCAAUUUUGAAGUUUAGAGAUUUGGCAAUCCCUGUAAUCACCCAAUAACAGCAUCUAGGUUGAAAGUCAAGAUUGGGCUGGGACGAUGCUAGACAAGCACAAGAUGAUUGUAAUUACGAAUCAAUUGUUAAUAAACAGUGAAUAUGUCGAUUCAAGAAGUGAUAUGCUUCAACAAUAUUGGUGUAGUAAUACAUACCUGAUUUCUUGCAAUGCUGCUAUAUCACCAUUGCCGUACAAGGAGAAUUGAGAUGAGAUCCAGAUGCCAUGAGGCAACUAUGACUUCCAUUAAACCCAGAUUGAUAGUAAUCAAGAAAACGUAGCCUGAAUACGCUAUAAAUGAAAGUUUCAGGAUAUUAAAUAGAUGGAUAGCAAUCCAGAAAUGCACAGAAAAUAAUACCUGAAGCAUCCGCCAGACUGGAGAAAACAUCCACCCCGAAACUGUUAAGAGUCUCCUUUACCUGCUCCUCAAAGGAAUGGCAUUCAUCUGCUGUCCCUUAUUUGGAUGAAGAUGGCCUUAACCUUCUGGCGGAGAUGCUGAACCAUGCAUCAAGAAAAAUUUAAGGACUGAAGAGAAAGUCCAAUCUCAGCUUGUGAGGACAGUAUCUUAAGUGUUAUCAGUACCUCCUGCAGACAUGUCAGGCAAGGAUAUACACAGAAAACACAUAGCACUCAAUUUGUGAAAUGUGGCAUAACUGUGUUAUACCAAUUAAUAGUCUAAAAUUAAUUUGAUUUUUUUUAAUACUACAAGUUCGGGAGGUGGGGGUGGGGGGAAUCAGCUCAGCACAUACGUAUUAGUAUCAUUUAUGCCUAAAGCCUAGAUAAUCAAUUUAUUGCUAAUUCAGAAUGUUCCCACGUAUAGAUUCUGCUAAAGUUAUGCCUUGGGAACUUUGCAACAUGUUCGAUCCAUUGGCAUAAUAAAAGUUUCAUAAAAUGAAGACCAAAUAUUAAAGCAAUUUGAAGAAAUCACAUGUUUGAGCAAUUUAAAGCAAUUAUGCACAAAAGAUGCUAGAACAUGUGCGAUCUAUUAUCUUCACAAUAAAUUUUUGUUUGAGCAAGUUUCUUGAGAAGUGGUAUGGAAUCUAUUAAUUUUGUUUGCUGCAAUAGCAGCAAAUCAGCUUUAACAAGAUAAAGGAGUAUGAAUCAUAGCCAACAGAAAAAACACCCAGUUGAAACGAAGCCCAGUAAAAGUAAAUCCAACGUUGUGGAUAAAGUCAAAAUAUGGGAAUUAUGGGAACAACUUCACAGUAUAUGAAAUCUCGCUGCAGUAUGAAAUCCAAACACAGAUUUCAUCAUCGAAUAAAAAAAAAAUCAAAUUAAAAUUGGGUCUUCAAUAAAUCACAACUUCUCAGAACAAAAAAAUCUAGCAAUAAGCAUGCAUGGAUCGAUCAAGAAGCAAGACAGAAUUUCAAAAAAAAAAAUGGCACUUUUCAUCAUAGAAUCAAUCAAGAAAGUACAACAAACUGAACAAAGCUCUCUGAAAAAUUAAGAAAAGAUUGGAUUGCGAGAAUUACCGCAGGAACAAGGCUUGUGUCAGAGUGUGGAAGUUGACUAGCUUUGAUCGCCUUCAAAACCUCUCUGUUUGUCUGUCUGGGUUCUCUUUCUGAACGGGAGGAAAAGGGUUUAAUGAUUUAAAGAUUUCAGCAAGUUAUUAACAAUAUUUUUAUCAGAAGACAGAAGACCCUGUUUUCAGAAUUCAUGCAUCGAUCGAUCAAGAAAGUAAAAAACGCUGUACUUUUC